GUCGAUCAGGCUAUUCUUGCCGAAGAAGAGCGGGUUGUGAUCAUCCGAUUUGGCCAUGACUGGGACGAUACAUGCAUGCAGGAAUCAAACUCGUAGGGCUGUAGUGCUGCGCCCGUUUCUGAAGAAACGUCAAAGGAUGCUAAUAUUGGGGAAACAGAAAGGUAUAUGUGUGUUAUAAUCCAUAAAGGGUACCCAAUAAUCGGAAAAUAUCUACUAGUGGCCUUUAAAUCGAAAUUAGCUUCGAGGUAAAUUCGGUUGAAUCGAGUUCAAAGUUCAAACCAGAAAAUUAGAUGUUGAGCCAAGAUUAUAUCUUGGAAAAAUUAACUGAACUAUUGUAAAAAUUGCCUGUAAUAUAUCCUCUGAUAUUGCUUGGUAAACUAAUGGUUUUGUGUGUGUUUUCAUUCUGCAUCUUGAGAACGAUUACUUGUAAGUUCCAUUACAGUCACUACAAAGGCCAAAAUGUCAGCUUGUCUUUACUUUCCUUUUGAAUUGCUUAAUGGAGAGUUUAUCUAGUGUUAGGACUACUUUUGCAUCAUAUGCAGUUUCAUAGGAUUGAAUCAGUGCCAGGCUGUGCUUAUAAUAAUUAUUUCCAUCUUUAGAGCCAAUUUAGCCUCAUAAUGGGGUUUGAACUCGAAAUCUAAAUGAUGUUUGGAAAUCAAUAUAAUUUCAUAUUUGAACAUUCAUAGUUUAGCAAAUGCCUGAUCAUUAUCAUAAUUGCGUGCUUACUCUUAAAUUUAGGCGCUUUAGGCGAAUUUGAAGGAAAGUGAGGCGUGAAAUUUAUUCUAUUGGAAUUUUGUUUUCUUUCCCACGUUGGAUUCUAGAUCUUUUGUUUAGUUAUUUAUUUUUCUUAAUUGUUAGCUCUUAUGCAUAUAAUUUGGGAUUGUUUUGUAUGUGCUGAAAAUCUGAUUUCCUAAAAACUCUUGCCUUCAUUUUCUUCAAAUAAUUAUUGUUUGUUUUUCUUGAACAAUAGCUACCAUUCUCUACCUUCUCAUGCAAUUUAAUUUCUCUCACUUUUGUCAUACUAUACAUGAGGCUAAAGCGGAGAAUACACUGAAGUCCAUGUCUACAUUUAAAUAACCCUUUAAACAAGAUUCCUACAGAAGUUCUCUUAAGCAAAUUAGCUUGUUGAUUUCUCAGGUUUUGAGCUUUGCUAAUGCUUUUGUAGUAAUUUCCUCUUUCUGGUAUUUGUGAGAUUUAAUUACCCUUUCAAUUUUCAGAAUGGUUUCAGGUGUUUUUGAGUGCAGUGUAAAAAAACUUUAAGGGUGGUGUACAGGUUCUGAAUUAUCUCUUGAGAAGCUCAAGAGUUUUGGUGGUACUGGAACUGAAGUUUAAGAGACUUGAUUUUUAAAGAUUAUGCCUCCUUUUUUCUAGAUAUGAUACUGAAGUAUUCUUGUCUAUGCUUCUUGUCAUUUGAUUAACUACAAUUCUGUUAAGUUGUCUUCUUGAUUAGAAAUUUUGCAAAUUGAAUUUAUGAAGUUUUACUCGCUAAUUGUUUCAAUUCUUACUUCAGAUGGAUGAAGUCCUAGCAUCAGUUGCUGAGCGGAUAAAGAACUUUGCUGUCAUUUAUCUAGUGGACAUUACAGUGGUUCCUGAUUUUAACACUAUGUAUGAGUUGUAUGAUCCAUCCACGGUCAUGUUCUUCUUCAGGAACAAGCACAUUAUGAUUGAUCUUGGAACUGGAAACAACAACAAGAUUAAUUGGGCUCUGAAGGAUAAGCAAGAGUUCAUUGACAUAGUUGAAACUGUUUACCGUGGGGCAAGGAAGGGCCGUGGUUUAGUCAUUGCUCCAAAAGAUUACUCUACCAAGUAUCGUUAUUAAUGGUUGUGGCGAGUCAUUGAUUUCCAUUUUUGCGUCUGCACAUGGAUGCAAUAUUACAAUGCAUCUAAUUUGCACA